AUGGCCUCAACACCCGAGAAUAACAAAGGCGAGGAGAGAAAGGGGAAAAAAGUCAAGCGAGUGAGAAAGGUGAUGUCUCUAGCCAAGAAGAUGCGAGUUCUUGAAAUGCUUCAGAACGGCGAAAGCUGCACUGCUGUGGGUCGCAUUUUUGGUGUGAAUGAAUCCACCAUCCGUACGAUUAAGAAAAACGAGAAGGCUAUUCGGGGGAGUGCCUCCAGGGGCACCCCUGAAUCUUUGAGGAACACCUACAUCACGCGGAAUGCCAACCUAGAGAGAAUGGAAAGAGAGCUACAUGAGUGGCUCAUGGAGCAGAAAAGGAACAACCAGCCUCUCUCUGUGUACAUCAUCCGCCAGCGCGCCUCCCAGAAGUGCAAGUUGCGGUUUGAAUCCGGGGACAAAUCCAUCAAGUUCAUCGCGAGCAACGGGUGGCUGGACCGAUUCAAGAAGCGCUACAGCUUCUAUGAGAACAAGUGGCUGCUGGACGAAGUGGACGAGGAGGCUGCUGCCGAGUACCCGGAGCAUCUGAAGAAGCUCAUCGAGGAAAAGAACUACCUGCCGCAGCAGGUGUUCAACGCCGACGAAGCCGUCCUGUUCUGGAAGCGCAUGCCCAAGUGCACCAGUAUCGCCAAAGACGAGGGGCGGAGCCGGGGCUCCAAGCCCAGCAAGGACAAGCUCAAGGUCCUGCUGUGCGCCAAUGCUUCCGGCGACUUCCUCAUGCGACCCAUGCUGCUUCACAGAUUCCGCAACCCUUGCCCUCUGAAGAAAGGCUGCAGUCAGCACGCCUCCAUCUUCAUGAAGGGCAACCAUAAGAUCUGGAUCACCGAGAAGCUCUUCCUCUACUGGUUGCUCAACUGUUUUGUCCCCGAGGUCCGACAGUAUCUGGAUCGCAUAGGCCUGCCCUUCAAGGUGCUGCUGAUCCUGGACUCUGCCCCCGCCGACAAAAGUGCCCUGAUAAAUGCUAACCCACAUGUUCAGGUCAUCUGCAUCCCUCCCAAGACGACUCCGCUCCUCCAGCCCUUGCAUCUGGGGGCGCUGAAGAUGCUGAAGGUGUACUACACUCGCUGUGUCCUCGACUACCUGGCCGACGCCCUGACGCAGACGCCAGCGAGCACCCUGAAGGAAGCCUGGCACAGUUUCUCCAUCUGCACUGCUUUGACGAUGAUGGAGGAAGCGGUGAGGGAGAUAAAGCCGGAGACCCUGAACGGAGCCUGGGAGAAGCUUUGGAAGGAGGUGGUGAUCAAGUCGGAGGAGCCCAUCUCGAUGGUAGAAGAAAUCAACCACAUUGUAGCCUGUGCAAAUCGGCUGGGUGUGGAAGGAUUCCAAGACAUCGAGGCGCAGGACAUUGCUCAGCUGUUAGAUUCCCACCCGCAGAAGAUAGUGGAAAAGUAUUUCCAAGAUGUGAUCGGACCGCAGGAUGGUCCCACCAGACAGGCUUGGGUAGCCGCUGAGGCCAGAAGGAGGGUGAAUGACCCACUCUGCAAUUCAAACAACAGUGAUGAUGAUUCCAAGGAAGGCAUAUUGGAGUUCAGGCAAGGCUUUAAUGAUUACCCAUCACCCUGUAGAGCACUAAUUAGAAACCUUCCAACAAAGGCCAAUAAGGCUUUACUCUCUGUUUGCUUCAACAGGGAAGAAGAGGCUGGACCAUCAGGGUACGCCGGAAGCGAUUCUGAACACGACGAGGAGCUGGGACCCAGGAUACAGAUAGUGGAAGUCUGGGAAUCCGACAUUGACAUCGACAUCGACAUCGACAGCUCUGAUGAAAAUGAGUUCUUCAAGCUGGAGGAGGAGAGUGGAGCUGAAGACUGA